CUGCGCCUCCACAGACCACCGUUUCCCCUCCUUCCCCGCCGUGACUACCGACGCGUCGAGCCAUUCGCUCAGCCCGUUGCAGCGAGCAGCUUGCUACUCGCGAGGACGUUGUGUCCUCUCUUCUGGACUUGAGCAUGCUCUUGGCUUGUCAGGAGCGACUCACCCUCCAUGUCGCUGCGCUGCGUCGCCUUCUCGCCAUCCUCUCUGACCCUGAUCGCACCCUCCCGAUCAUCCCAGUACGACUCGGGACCUCCACGAGGGUGUACUCAGCGCUGUCGGAUUCCGGUUCUCAGGGCGACUUCAUUCACCCACGCGUGGUGAAGGAAGCCCAAUUACCCACGACAGGGUCUCCGACUCCCAUCUCCGUUACCCUAGGGGAUGACAAGACCCAGUGCUUCUUCGAUCAGACGGUCACCAACCUCCCCUUCUUCCUCACUCUCGAGCCGACUGAUCGUUCCCCGGCGUCUCGUCGCCACCGCUCCUCUGCACAUUUCGAUGUGAUGGAGACGGGGUACGACUUCAUUCUCGGCACUCCGUGGUCUCGUCGGUUCCGCAGCACCGAGGYYGAUUGGGYGACCAACACUCUCGUUCUCAAAACGAAGUGUGGACAGACGUAUCGCGUACCUUUCAUAGGUACCACGGCGAUACCACGCCCCGAUCCUCCUCCCCCGGAGCCGUCAGUGCCCACACCAUCCCCCUCUAUCACUGCCACCUCGCCUCGGCAGUUCGCUCACUUCAUUCGACAGGACGACGUCACCUUCUUUAUGGUGGACGUGAUGGAUCUCCUACACUAUGAUCCACCCUGUCCCGAUGCCGAGCUCAUCCCUCUGGAGCCCGAUCCUCCCUCUAUCUCCAUGGCUCCCAUCUCUACUUCCGUCCCUCCGCCGUUCGUCGAGUCCACCCCACCGUCGGGCGCUGACGCUGACGCUGAGGAAAUCGCACGAUAUACGGCUGACCUAGAGCCCGCAGUUCGUGACCUCAUCCGAGAGUACCACGAUGUUUUCCCAUCGUCGUUCUCGUACGCCGGCAUCCCACCGAUGCGUGACGUCAAGCACUCCAUUCGGCUUGUGCCGGACUAUCGUGUUCACCACCAGGCACCCUACAGACUCUCGAUUCCUGAGGCCACCGAACUCAAGCGCCAGCUUGAGGAGCUCUUGAGACUGGGUUUCAUUAAACCCAGCAACUCCCCGUGGGGUGCACCCAUCCUCCUUGCUCGCAAAGCGGAUGGAACUCUCCAUCUCUGCAUCGACUAUCGCGGUCUCAACCGCUACACGGUUAAGAACAGCUACCCCAUGCCUCGUUCCGAUGAGCUGUUCGACCGCCUAGCAGGCAACCGCUUCUUUACGAAGAUUGAUCUUCGUAGCGGUUACCAUCAUAUCCGCGUCGCUGCAGCCUACCAGCCGAAGACAGCGUUCGGAUCGCGCUUCGGCCACUACGAAUUUACGGUGAUGCCAUUCGGCCUCACCAAUGCACCCGCCACCUUCCAGAAGGCAAUGAACGACAUCUUCAGGAACAUCCUGGAGCAGUACGUUCUCGUCUACCUCGACGAUAUCCUGGUCUACAGUUGUACCUUUGAGGAGCACCUCAGAUACCUCCGCGACGUCCUUGACCGCUUGCGCAGACAUGGCUUCUACGCCAAGCUGAGCGAGUGUCGCUUUGCCCAGCACAAAGUGGAUUUCUUAGGACACUACGUGUCUGACCAGGGUCUCCACAUGGACGACGCGAAGAUCACUGCUAUUGCGGAGUGGCCCGCCCCCACAUCCGCCAAGCAGCUUUGCAGCUUCCUAGGCCUGACCAGCUACUGUAGUAACUUCAUCCGGGGAUACGCUAGUUACGAGGAGUUCCUCGUUUCAGACAUCAUUGGUCGCCGAAUCACCGACGACAACCCUCCCCACGUCGAGUAUCUCGUACGUUGGAAGGGUUACCCUGAUGAGGAGGCUACCUGGGAGCCCCUCGAGCACUUGCAGCACGCUCGCAUGUUGGUGCGUGCCUAUGACCGUGCUCGCAGUGCUGGGUUCACUGCUCCUCCUCAGCCCACUGACCCUCCUCCUUCCCCUCCGGCUGAGGAGACCGCUGAAGUCGAGCCUGCUCCAUCUGAGGCAGACCUUCAGCAGCAGCCGGAUGCUUCUGAGCGUCCACAGCGCACUCGUCGUCGUCCUGCUCGAUACGACGAUUGACUUUGACUUACCUUCCCACGUCUUUGACUUCUCAGUACUCCAUCCACAUCAGUUUUGCUACUUCAGCUUGUUGACG